GGGAAGCUCGCAGGGCACUGUACGGGGAAGCUCACAGAGCCGCAGGGCACCGCUGGGGAAGCUCGCAGGGCACUGUGCGGGGAAGCUCACAGCGCCGCAGGGCUCCACUGGGGAAGCUCGCAGGGCACUGUACGGGGAAGCUCACAGCGCCGCAGGGCACCGCUGGGGAAGCUCGCAGCCGGCACUGACCCCCCGCCCCCGCAGGAGAACCCCUACGUGAUGCGCAGGGCCGGGGCGCAGGCCCCGGGGGGGGCCGGGGAGCAGUACGAGGGAUUCUGCGUCGACAUGCUCCACGAACUCGCCGGGAUCCUCAAGUUCCGCUUCCAGCUGCGGCUGGUGGAGGACGGGCUGUACGGGGCACCCGAGGCCAACGGCUCCUGGACCGGCAUGGUGGGCGAGCUCGUCAACCGGGUACGGCCCCGGGGCGCGGGGGGGGGGUUCUCGCUGCACGAGGCCGACCUGGCGAUGGGAGGGGGCA